AUGACCAGGAAACUAGAAAGCCCGAUUCUGGAGGAUGGCAGGAGUAGAAAAAGGGUUCUCAAACCAGUCGUGGAAAAGAAGAGAAGAGACCGGAUAAAUCAAAGUCUGGCUGAACUUAGAAGUUUGCUGUUGAAUCAUACGUCUGAUGCACGGCUGGAAAAUCCUAAACUAGAGAAAGCAGAGAUUCUUGACCUGGCUGUGGAAUAUGUUCAGAAGUGGACAGAUGGGAGGAAACAGAGAAAGGACUCUACUAACAGUCACAUGAACCCUCAUGUUCCUCCGGUAAACCUCCAUCGCUCAGAGUCCAGUGCUCCCACUCUCCUCACCAUAGAGAGUGCCGGUUUUCAGCAGUGUGUGGCCCAGCUGACCAGCUACAUGCACAAAAUCACACCAGCACAGAGAACAAGCCUCAUCGAGGGGCUCAAACAUCACUCAGAGGGCCAGCAGCCAAACAAAGCUAAACAGGACUUCCACCAGAGAGUGACGGAGACUGAGACGGCCAGAGGACCAGAUGGAAUAACAACGGAUGUCAUUUGCACAUCUGAGAGGAAAGAGUUUCCAUCUCACUCCCCAUUUCAGCCACACUCUUGCUCCACGCCGUUCCACGACUACCUGUCCCCUCCUCCCUCCCCCUGGCUCUCCCCUUCUUUCUCCACUUAUGCCACCUCUCCUCCUUUCCCGUCAUUUGCCUCUCACUUCCAGUUCCCCCCCAACCUGUCACCUCUGUCCUCCAACACCUCCUUCUUCAGUUUCUCGCCCACAGCCUCUCACUCUGGCCCUCCUGCCCUCCACUGCCCCCCUCUCCUCACACUCAGAUCCCCUCCACAUCCUGCUCGGAGGGAGGGGUCAACAACAAACUGUUCUUCGACCAUGUGGAGACCUUGGUUUUGA